CCGAAAUUCUAAAGGCAGCCGUUUCUAACGGUGUUAACCGUGGUGUUCAGAGCGGCGGCCGACUUCGGUUACAAUGGGGAAUGUUUUUGAAAAGCUGUUUAAAAGUCUAUUUGGGAAGAAGGAGAUGCGGAUUCUCAUGGUGGGCUUGGAUGCAGCUGGGAAGACCACCAUCCUGUAUAAACUGAAGCUUGGAGAAAUCGUGACGACCAUCCCUACCAUAGGUUUCAAUGUGGAGACAGUAGAAUAUAAAAAUAUCAGCUUCACCGUCUGGGAUGUCGGUGGCCAGGAUAAAAUCAGACCUCUGUGGCGACAUUACUUUCAGAAUACCCAAGGUCUGAUUUUUGUGGUUGACAGCAACGACAGAGAGAGAGUCAAUGAGGCCCGGGAGGAACUGACCAGGAUGCUGGCGGAAGACGAGCUCAGAGACGCUGUUCUCUUGGUAUUUGUAAAUAAGCAGGACCUUCCCAAUGCUAUGAAUGCAGCAGAGGUCACGGACAAGCUGGGCUUACAUUCCCUCCGCCAGAGGAACUGGUACAUCCAAGCCACUUGUGCCACCAGCGGUGAUGGGCUCUUUGAAGGCCUCGACUGGCUCUCCAACCAGCUCAAAAACCAGAAGUGAUUGGAAGCAGCUCUUCCCUGUGCACUGUGGCAAACCAGCGGGCCUCUUCUGUGUGCGUGUGUGCAUGUGCGGAGCCCGGGGGGCCGUGUGGCUGGGAGUGGGGGCAGCUUUCUCACACUGUGCCUUACAACACACUUUAGGAAACCAGUAUUCCAUUUCCCGCAAACCAUGCUGUUUUAAAUGGUCUCUUCCAUUUCCAUAGCUGCAGUCCAGGGGGCUCCCUGAGGCACGACAGCCAGGACUGGGAAGAGAGCUGGGGCAUGGUUUGGGUUCGUCCCCGCAGCCCUGGGCCUGGCAUCUCUGUGUGCCUGAAUCCUGUUGAACUUUGGCAUCCUUUGGGAAAAGGCAGGCAGGAGUGGCUCUUCUUUUGCUGUAGUGGCAGUCCUGGUGGCUCCCUGUAGAGCGCUUGAGGGCAGAAAGCCCCCAGGGGGAGGUGUGAGAGGGUCUGUUGGGAAUUUGUUCCUUCAGUUGCAUUUCAGCCCAGACGUUCUGGUUUAGCAAGCUCGAUUUAUAGACAGCAUUGACUAUAUGUAACACUAGAAAAUUGUCCCAUCUUCCCUCACUUGCCAGGUGGAGACCAUUUGGAGCGGUUCUCUCAGUGUGAGACUGAGGCUCUGCUUGGAGUCCCCUGGUCCCCUGCGGGGCGGGUGGGAGGAUGCAGGAGGAGAAGUGCAGCUUCCAUAUCCAUCCCACUGUGCCCAUCUUAGGGUUCAGGCUGCUGAGACCCCUGUUCCUCCUGCUCUGUGACUCGCUCCUAGGGCAGGGGCGUCCCUGGGUACACUUCUCCGAGUCCAGCCUGCGCUGUUCACUCAUUUUUCUUUCCAGAACCAUACCCAGGAGUUCCGAGAGCUUGUGGGAGGAUCUGUUUUGGAGCUAAAAUCCCCCGCACCUCCUGGUUUUGC